AUGGUCGAGCGCGACGAAUAUAUGCAAAAGGGCUUCGACCCAAACUCCCUCACCAUGCCGCAGCUGCGAAACAUCCUGGUCGAGCACGAGGUUCCCUUCAGCAGCGCAGCUAGGAAGGCCGAUCUUGUUGAACAUUUCAACACAGACGUUCUGCCCAAGACUGCGUCUCUGCGCAAGAAGAACGCCUCGAUCGUCGCCAGCUCCAGCGGAAUCAUCGACAUGCGCGACGACGCCGUGCCAGAGCAGACUCCAGCCAAACGCAAGCCAGGGCGUCCGAGAAAGAGCGAGGCUCCCACUCCGUCUGCUGCGACAUCCAAGACACCGGCCAAGGCCUCUGCCGCGACCGAUGCUAAGACGCGCACGCCAGCCCGCAAGAAAUCUUCUCUUGCCAACCAGGUCGCGACAUCCGGCGAAAGCGAACCCGAAACCGACCUCAAGGUGGUCAAGACAGAAGUCGAGGUGGUAGAGACGCCCGUCAAGCGCAAGCCAGGCCGUCCCCGUAAGACUGCCCCUGCCGUCGUGAUGACUCCCGCCAAGGACUCAGAACCUGAGGACGACACCUCGCCCCGCCGCGUCUCCUUUGAUCCAAACACAUCUCCACCUGCACCCGCCUCCAGCUCUCGAAAGGUCGGUCGCCUCAGCUAUGGCGCUGGCGCUAGAAGCGACGAUGACGGCACCUUCUCCGACAGCAACCCAUUCCAGUCCGGCACCGAAGCAUCUCCCGCACAAGGUGUCGCCGCCAAAGCAGCUGCUUCAGCACGCAAAGCGCGUCGCAAGACCACGGAUGGCACCUCGUCGUUGCGCAAGAAGACGUCGGCUUCGUCUCUCAAGGAGAACUCGCCUCCGAAGAAGUCUCAGAAAGCCAGUCCGGCCGCCAGUAGCACCCUGCGCAACUACAUGGAUAAGGCGGUGGCGUCGACGACCCCUCCUCGCAUCAUCGGCCGCGCGACUGGCACGACCUCGGCCCACUCAACGGGUGGCCAUGCUGCGGACGACGAAGCCACCGGUAGGAAUGCCGCUCACGGCGCCGACGCCGAGCCAGAGGACGACGAAUUCGACCUCGAAACAUUCACAUCUCCUUCUGCACUCGCCAAGAUGCGAACCAUUCGCCGACAGAAGGACAAGCAGCGUCGCCGGGAACAACGAUCGGGCAAGUCUCUGUCCGACUACCUCCUUCAUUCGAUCUACACUAUCGUCGCCGUCAGUGUGCUGGCUUGGGCCGUCUGGUACGCUCGCGAGUCGCGCGCUCUCGGUUUCUGCGACCCGGGCUCGGACACCAACUCGAUCGUCGAAGAUCGCCGCCUCACCGCGCUUGCAGUUGCGCAGGCCAACAAUGAGACGGUGGAAGACAUGACUCUUCUGCCGGCCCGUCUUCAGCCCACAUGCACGCCAUGCCCGGCGCACGCCGACUGCGCAUACGGCAAAGUGCUCGGCUGCUCUUCCGACGACUGGGUGCUGCAGCCUCACCUUUUCUCGCAAGUUCCCAUCGUCAAAGCUGUCCUUCCUCUGCACGUGACAGCGCCACGCUGCUACCCGGACACGCAGAAGCUCGUACUUGCCUCUGAGCUCGCGGGGUUCAUCUCGAACAUGCUCGCCGAGUUCAAGGGCGAGAUCGUCUGCGGGACGCAGAAGCCCCACGCCACGGUACGCACCUUGCCCAAGAAGAUCCUCGGAUCGGAAGGCAACCUGACCUACGCCAUCGCUGAGACGGCAGUCAAGCGCUCCAUGUCGGCCACUCGGGAUGUCCGCGUGGACGAGGACUACUUUGAGCAGAUCUGGUACAUGGCGCUGUUCGAGCUCACCGAUCCGCGCAGCAACGUCGUCCGCAUCCCCGUCUCCAACGGCACCAUCAGCGAAGGUGAAGGCACACGCUACUACCUCGCGGCCAAACAGCCUUCGCUCUCCCUCUCGUGUCGCUCGCGCCUUGCGCUCAAGGGGUGGGUCCUUCGCGCGCGUCUUUACUUUUUCCUCCUCCUCUCCGCCCUCUCGACCGCAUUCUACCUACGCCGUCGACUCGCCACCUCCCGCGCAGAAAGCGUCAAAGUCACCCUCCUCGUCCAGACAGCACUCGAAAAGCUCCAGGAACAGGAAUAUCUUCAUGGACGAGACCCCGUUCUCUACCCGGACGACUUUAUCCCUCUCUCGCAUCUCCGGGAUCACGUGUUGGCGGAGGAACACCAUGCGGGCACGCGGAAUCGGUUGUGGAAGAAGGUGGCCAAGGUGGUGGAGGAGAAUUCGAAUGUGCGGGUGAGGCAGGCGCAGAAGAAGGGGGAAUGGUUGAGGGUGUGGCAGUGGAUUGGGAUGGAGGGGUUUAGGGGGUAUGAGGGUGGGACGCCGGGGAGCAGGGUGGAGAGCGAGAGGGGGACGCCGGUUGCGUGA